GAGGUGAGUCUCAGCGAAACACGUCGACAUUAAAGCCGCAAAUAGUACUUAUUACGACGACAACCUAGACAUCCUCAUUCAUUCGAUUUCGAAGAUGGCCGACUCGGCGAACAACUCAAACGUUGCAUCUACCACACAGGCAGAGUCAUCAGCCUCGUCGUCACAAUCACCGAACGCACAGCCAGAGUCUGCUACCUCGUCAGCGUCCGCACCGCCCCAGGCAUGUGCGCAAUGCGGGAAGUCUCCGGACUCGCUUAAGCAGUGCAUCAAGUGCCACAGUGUAGCGUACUGCAACAAAGACUGCCAGAAGGCGCACUACAAGGCGCAUAAGAAAGCAUGUCCUAUGCUUGCGCAGGAGUACGUGAAACUGCAUGAGCCGAAGAUGGCAUCAAAAUCCAGUGCAAGUGCACCUGGAGCAAGGGACAAGGGACUGCAGAAGUGGCAGUUUGAUACUUGAGUGUAUGUGAAGGCAAUGGUGGCACAGUGGUCGGCCGGAGACGUGUCUCGAUGGAAUAAAGCUGGACCAGCGUGGAGCUAAGGGGAGGGUACUUGGAAUCAAGCCAAAGUAAAAAGUUCCCGGAGCUCAUCGUGAGCUGAUGUAGUCCGCAUGCGCAAAAGCUUGUGAUGGUGAUUACGUUUCCGACUGGUUCUUGGACGCAUGUAAUGAGCAAGGCACAUCGUCUGACGGACGUUGUGAAAGUGUCUGACAUCUGACAGCCAAUGCACGAGUGGAUCGGUCGCAGAAUUAAUAGCGAAGUUUUACGUUUGUAAACUAUGGGAAUAAACCCUGUACUCGGUAGUGGCGAGAUGAAAAUGCGCGCAACGGCAAGUCCCGUGACGAGUAGCAUGGCGCUGAUCAUUAACUUAAGCUGCAUCCAGCUAAAAAGAAGUUUUCACGGUUUUCGAAUGCUGAC